CCUUGUUAAGUGUUUCACAAACUAAUCAAACCUUUAGAGGGUCUCUUUUACUCCCUCAUUCUCUCCCUCCAUUGCUUACACUUCAGUGUUUACACUGUCUAGUGUAGAGCAUCACUCCCCACUACAAUGGCUUCUCCAAAAACACUUGUUUCAUCUCUUCUCGUGACUUUAAUGCUCUGUUUCUCACCCAUCCACUCCUCCAACUCCAUCGGCAAAGGCUACCGUUUGAUCUCGGUCGAAGAAUCUCCAGACGGUGGUUUCAUCGGCUAUCUCCAAGUCAAACAGAAGACCAAUAUCUACGGCUCAGAUAUCACCACCCUCCGUCUCUUCGUCAAGCACGAGACUGACAAUCGCCUCCGUGUCCACAUCACCGACGCCGAGAAACAACGAUGGGAGGUCCCCUACAACCUCCUCCCCCGAGAACAGCCACCACCGACGGCGGGGAAAGUCAUCGGAAAAUCUCCGACCACAGUCCAAGAGAUCUCUGGUCCGGAGCUGGUCUUCAGCUUCACCAUAGAUCCAUUCAGCUUCGCAGUGAAACGUAGAUCUAACGGCCAAACACUCUUCAACACAAGCUCAGACACAAACUCACCCUUCGGACAAAUGGUGUUCAAAGACCAAUACCUAGAGAUCUCAACUUCACUACCCAAAGACGCAUCGCUCUACGGCCUAGGCGAGAACUCGCAAGCCAAAGGGAUCAAGCUCGUCCCUAACGAGCCUUACACUCUCUACACGGAGGAUGUGUCGGCGAUCAACCUAAACACCGAUCUGUACGGUUCGCAUCCGGUUUACAUGGAUCUGAGGAACGUUGGAGGGAAAGCUUACGCUCAUGCGGUUCUGCUUCUCAACAGUAAUGGUAUGGAUGUGUUUUAUAGAGGAACGUCUUUGACUUACAAAGUCAUCGGAGGUGUUUUUGAUUUUUACUUCGUCGCUGGACCUUCGCCUCUUGAUGUCGUUGAUCAGUACACUUCCUUGAUUGGACGGCCAGCUCCGAUGCCGUACUGGUCUCUAGGCUUUCACCAAUGUAGAUGGGGAUACCAUAACCUAUCAGUCGUUGAAGACGUGGUGGACAGUUACAAAAAGGCUAAGAUCCCACUCGACGUUAUAUGGAACGAUGAUGAUCACAUGGACGCACACAAAGACUUCACACUUAAUAACAUCAGCUACCCUCGUGCUAAGCUACUGAAGUUCUUGGACAGAAUCCAUAAGAUGGGAAUGAAGUAUAUUGUCAUCAACGAUCCUGGUAUUGGCGUCAACGCUAGCUACGGUGUCUACCAACGAGCCAUGGCCAAUGACGUGUUCAUCAAGUAUGAAGGAAAGCCUUUCUUAGCUCAAGUCUGGCCCGGUCCGGUUUAUUUCCCUGACUUCCUUAACCCUAAGACGGUCGCUUGGUGGGGAGAUGAGAUCCGCCGCUUCCAUGAACUAGUCCCGGUAGAUGGUCUAUGGAUCGACAUGAACGAAGUCUCCAACUUUUGCUCAGGGCUAUGCACAAUCCCAAAGGGGAAGCAGUGUCCGAGUGGAGAAGGACCUGGUUGGAUUUGUUGCUUGGACUGCAAGAAUAUAACCAAGACAAGAUGGGAUGAUCCUCCUUACAAGAUCAACGCUACUGGAGUCACAGCUCCUGUCGGUUUCAAGACCAUCGCCACAAGUGCUUUACAUUACAACGGUGUGAGAGAGUAUGAUGCUCAUAGUCUCUACGGAUUCUCCGAGACCAUUGCAACACACAAGGGCUUGCAGUCUAUCCAAGGCAAACGUCCUUUCAUUUUGUCCCGGUCUACUUUCGUCGGUUCGGGUCGGUACGCUGCUCAUUGGACCGGAGAUAACAAAGGAACAUGGCAGAGCUUGCGUGUGUCUAUCUCAACAAUGUUGAACUUCGGAAUCUUCGGUGUUCCUAUGGUUGGUUCAGACAUUUGUGGGUUCUACCCUAAACCAACAGAGGAACUUUGCAACCGUUGGAUCGAAGUAGGAGCGUUCUACCCGUUUUCGAGAGAUCACGCCAAUUAUUACUCACCAAGACAAGAGCUAUACCAAUGGGACACGGUUGCAAAGUCAGCUCGUAACGCUCUAGGUAUGAGAUACAAACUCCUUCCUUACCUCUACACUCUUAGCUACGAGGCUCACAUGACGGGUGCACCAAUGGCUAGACCGCUCUUCUUCUCGUUCCCUGAGUACACCAAAUGUUACGGCUUGAGCACACAGUUCUUGCUAGGAAGCAGCUUAAUGAUAUCCCCGGUUCUCAAAAAAGGCAGAACACAAGUAAAAGCACUGUUCCCACCAGGUUCUUGGUACCACAUGUUCGACAUGACACAAGCCGUUGUGACCAAGACGGGUAAGCGCGUGGCUCUCCCUGCUCCGUUGAACUCCGUGAACGUUCAUCUUUACCAAAACACUAUAUUACCCAUGCAACAAGGAGGGUUGAUAUCUAAAGAAGCGAGAACGACGCCGUUUAGUCUCGUUAUUACAUUCCCUAUGGGAGCUACCGAGGGAUACGCGACGGGUAAGCUCUACCAAGACGAGGACGAGCUUCCGGAGAUGAAGCUAGGAAACGGACAGUCCACGUACGUUGACUUCUACGCUUCGGUCGGAAAUGGAACUGUGAAGAUGUGGUCACAGGUGAAGGAAGGCAAGUUCGCGUUGAGCAAAGGAUGGGUCAUUGAGAAAGUUAGUGUUUUGGGACUUAAAGGGGCAAGGCCAGCUUCUGAGAUUGAGAUCAAUGGAAGUCCCAUCUCGAACGAGGCUAAGAAGAUUGAGGUAAGCUCGAAGGAGCAUACUUAUGUGGUCGGGUUGGAAGAGGAAGGAGAGAACAAGAGUGUGAUGGUUGAAGUUAAGGGGCUUGAGAUGAUGGUUGGUAAGGACUUUAACAUGUCGUGGAAAAUGGGUGUUAAUGGUGCAAAUUAAUUUGCAUGUGGGAGUUUGGUGAAGUAUUGGAGAAGAGAAUGAGAUUAUUUACUAAAGAUGGGAAUAGAGGUUUAUUUUGAGAUUGUGUCCCCUCUUUUAUCAGAAGAUGUGUUGUUUUUCGUUGGAAUAAAAAUUGAAAGUAAAAAUAUUAUAAUUAUGUGA